GUCAUGGGGAGCAAAGUCAGCUCCAAAAUGGCAGCCCCUACCGCCAGAGUAAUUCAGGCUGUACGGCCACACGCUCCUCUGAUAAAGUUCCCCAACAGACAGGGCGUAGCAAGGCCCAACGCCGAAGAGGCUUUGAAAAUGUUAGCAGUCAACCUUCCGGAACACAACGCCCCAAGUUCCCCAUCAGCUGCAGCAGCGCCGCCAGUAUCGAGACCUCACGUACCUGUGACCCCAAUCCCCGGCACGCCAGACACCCUGGCCUCUAUCCAGCUGUUUCCUGCUAGAUACCGCAGGAGACCGCUAACAGCGGAGGAAAUGGACUUCAUCCAGCGAGGUGGACCAGAGUGA